CGCUAACGAGCUCCCGGGUGGCCCGGGCGCGCUGAAGCGCAGGCGAGGCCCCGGGACUGUGGUGGGAGCGGAGUGGCCGCGGAGAAGGGCGGCCUGCGGGAGUCAGCCGCUGCGGUCAGCCUCUCUCCCUCUGUUGGCUUUUCUCUUUCAGCGCUUUCUGCUUCCUCCGAGCGCUGCCGAGACCCUCGCGCGCGCUGUGCUGGACCCGGCUUCCGUGGACCGACUCUGCGCGGACUCCGGUCUGCGUUCUCUCGUCCACGGUGCUGACUUCAGGGACAGCUGGCCCUAACGUCGUGCUGUGUCGGGACGGACCCUGGAAAAGGUAUAUUUGCAAAUUCAAGUUUGAGGAAGAUUGUGUUUUCUGCUAGGGUUACGGAAUAAAUGCCGUAUGAAAACCACUUUCAUCUGUCAUGGAGAAACGAGAGACAUUCGUACAAGCCGUGUCCAAGGAGCUGAUUGGAGAAUUUUUGCAGUUUGUUCAACUUGAUAAAGAUGCUUCUGACCCUUUCAGCCUAAAUGAAUUACUAGAUGAAUUAUCAAGGAAACAGAAAGAAGAGGUCUGGCAGAGGCUCAAGAACUUGUUAACGGAUGUGUUGUUAGAAAGCCCGGUGGCUGGGUGGCAGACGGUGGAAGUCCGGGGCGAAGACGAUAUGGAAACCGAGCAUGAUUCCAAAAUGAAAAAACACAUAGAAAUAAUUCAUGCAGUUACAGCUGUGGUUCUUGCUUCUGUACCUGUAAUAAAUGAGAGUGAGGACUAUGAAGACUUACUGGAAUGUGCGGUUGUGUUGAAUGGUAUUUUAUAUGCAUUACCUGAAUCUGAAAGAAAGCUGCAGAGCUCCAUUCAGGAUUUAUGUGUCCUAUGGUGGGAGAAAGGCCUGCCUGCCAAGGAAGAUAUGGGGAAGACUGCUUUCAUCAUGCUCUUACGGAAGAGUCUGGAGACUAAAACAGGCGCAGACAUAUGUCGGCUCUGGCGUAUUCACCAGGCUUUGUACUGCUUUGAUUAUGACUUAGAGGAAAGUAAAGACAUUAAAGAUAUGCUACUUGAGUGUUUCAUAAGUGUGAAAUACAUCAAGAAAGAAGAGGGAAGAAGAUUUCUUAGUUCUCUCUUCAAUUGGAAUAUAAAUUUUAUUAAAAUGAUCCAUGAGACCAUUAAAAACCAGUUACAGGGAUUACAAAAAUCUUUGAUGGUACACAUCGCAGAAGUUUAUUUCAGAGCUUGGAAAAAGGCCUCAGGGAAAAUAUUGGAGACCAUCGAGAACGACUGCAUCCAGGACCUCAUGCACCACGGCGUCCACCUUCCGCGCCGCUCUCCGGUGCACUCCCGAGUGCGCGAGGUGCUGAGUUAUUUUCAUCAUCAAAAGAAAGUUCGUCAGGGAGUGGAAGAGAUGCUUCACAGGUUGUACAAACCCAUCCUCUGGAGAGGACUAAAGGCCCGAAACUCUGAAGUCCGGGCGAAUGCUGCCCUGUUGUUCAUUGAAGCAUUUCCUGUUAGAGAUCCAAGUUUCAGUGCUGUCGAAAUGGACAGUGAAAUUCAGAAACAGUUUGAAGAGCUCUAUAGCCUGUUAGAAGAUCCUUAUCCAAUGGUCCGUUCUACAGGGAUCCUUGGUGUUUGUAAAAUAACUUCCAAAUACUGGGAAAUGAUGCCUCCAACCAUUCUUAUUGAUCUCCUCAAGAAAGUGACUGGGGAACUGGCGUUUGACGCGAGCUCAGCGGAUGUACGCUGUUCCGUCUUUAAGUGUCUGCCGAUAAUUUUGGAUAACAAAUUAAGCCACCCGUUACUAGAGCAGCUUCUGCCGGCGCUGAAAUACAGUCUGCACGACAACUCGGAGAAAGUGAGAGUGGCCUUUGUUGACAUGCUGCUGAAAGUCAAGGCCGUGCGGGCUGCUAAGUUUUGGAAAAUAUGCCCCAUGGAGCACAUUUUGGUUCGUCUGGAAUCAGAUUCCCGGCCUGUGUCCCGGCGCCUGGUGAGCCUCCUCUUCAACUCGUUCCUGCCCGUGAACCAGCCCGAGGAGGUGUGGUGUGAGCGCUGCGUCGCGCUGCUGCAGAUGAACCACGCGGCCGCCAGGAAGUUCUACCAGCACGCCCACGAGCACACCGCGUGCGCCAACAUAGCAAAGCUGAUUCAUGUGAUUCGCCAUUGCUUAAAUGCCUGCAUCCGGAGGGCUGUGCGCGAGGGCCACGAGGGCCACGAGGAGAGGGAGAAGGAGAACGUUCUGGAUAAAACACUGUCUGUAAGUGACGUCGCAUCUAUGGCGGGUUUGUUAGAGAUCGUCGUGAUUCUCUGGAAGAGUAUUCACAGAAGUAUGGAGAAUAAUAAGGAGGCUAGAGUCUACACCAUUAACAAGUUCGCUUCCGUGCUCCCUGAGUACCUGAAAGUCUUCACGGAUGACCGCUGCAAGGUCCCUUUGUUCAUGCUCAUGUCCCUUAUGCCGGCCUCUGCUGUGCCCGCAUUCAGUUGCGGUGUGAUUUCCACAUUAAGAAACCAAGAGGAAGGAGAAGUGGACAAGCGCUAUACUACUUUGCUGGACUGUCUCUGCUCCUGGGGACGCGUGGGGCACAUUCUGGAACUCAUCUGUGACUGGCUGCCGGAGGAACAGCCCCAGAGCAAGAGUAACUCAGCAUCUAAACGGAAAGUGCAAAUCCAUGACACGCGCCCGGUAAAACCGGAGCUGGCCCUGGUUUACCUAGAGUAUUUGCUGACGCACCCGAAGAACCGACAGUGCCUGCUCUCUGCUCCCCAGAAGAAGCUCAACCACCUUCUGAGAGCGCUCGAACUGUCCAAGGCGGACCUGGAAUCCAUUUUACAGUUGCCAGGUGGGAAACCUGCCACCUUCAGUGAAGCGGUGGCCCUGCGGGCCUUCAGCCUGCACUGCCGGCUCAGCGUUCACCUGCAGCACCGGUUCUGCUCGGAAGGGAAGGUUUACCUGUCCGUUUUGGAAGACACUGGGUUUUGGUUAGAAAACAAAGUUCUGUCUUUUAUCCAAGAUCAAGAAGAAGAAUAUCUCAAGCUUCACAGGGUCGUUUAUCAGCAGAUCAUCCAGACCUACCUGACAGUCUGUAAGGAUGUCGUGAUGGUUGGCCUUGGCGAUGAUAAGUUUCAGAUACAGCUUCUACAGUGGAGUCUCCGAAUCAUGCAAACAGUGAAGGGCUUCUUUUACGUGUCAUUACUUCUGGGCAUUCUGAAAGAGGUAACCGGGAGUUCCUUGAUGCAGAGACCAGACCCCGACGAAGAGGUUGCAACGCUGUUUGAUAUGGUCCAGAAAGUAUUUCAGAAACUGCUGGAAUGUAUGGCCCGGAGCUUCAGGAAGCAGCCAGAAGAAGGCCUGCGGCUUCUGUAUUCCAUCCAGAGUUCUCUCCACGAACUGCUGAUGACGGUUCAGUCUUGGCACCUGGACACGCCCAUGCACCGGGGCGUACUCUCCACUGUCAUCGCUGCGUCCGUGGUGGAGAUCGGUCACCAGCUACGGAAGGUGUCUAAUACAGAAGAGCUCACUCCCCCCGAGGUUCUUGCAGACCUCCCACCGUUUUCAAGGUGUUUAGUAGGAAUAAUAAUGAAGUCUCCGGAUGUGACCAGGUCAUUUUUAGAUGAACUAAAGGCGUGUGUUACAUCUGAUGAUAUUGAAGGCAUUGUGUGUCUCACAGCUGUUACGCAUAUUAUUUUGGUUAUUAAUAAAGGCAAACACAGGAGCUCAAAAGUGAAGGAAGUCGCGGCCAGCGUUAACAGAAAACUGAAGACGUUCAUGGAGAUCACCCUGGACGAGGACAGCACGGAGAGGUUUCUCUAUGAAUCGUCAUCGAGGACUCUGGGAGCACUUCUGAAUUCAUGACCAAGCCGGCAUCUUCGGUCACAAAACAGGAAAGGGACUCCGUGAAAGUGAAAUGAAUGUGUGUUUUCCUAGUGUUUUUAAUGUCAAUAGCUGGUGUCACAGGGGUGGGAUUUGUUUGGGGAGUUACAAGUAGGAAACUCAAAGGUUCUUAAGCUUUUGCCUGGUGCCUGCAUCAAUACUAUAUUUAUCAGUUGUAUCUGAUAAAGGACUCUGGGUAUCAGUGGUGCAAAGGAAAAAAAGACACUUGGAGCAAACGUGGUUGCUGUAAAAAUGAAUUUAUAUAUAUGUAUGUAUCUGUGUAAACGUGUUGCUUAAACUCUGAGUAAUAAACGCGCUGACGACA